AUGGUCGCGCUGACCGAGCGAUUCCAGGGCCUGCGCCGUCCUGGAGCUUCCGUCCUCCACCAAAACAAGGGUUUGCCGUCGCGACCGAAUGAGAACGUGCUGGCAAGAAAGGCUGUCAAUAAUAGCCCAAACAUUCAUAUUACAACAUCCGCACCAACGGGUCCAGAUAUUAGCACACCAUCCCAAGAUCGUAAAGAUCUUCCUCAAUUACCUCCACAACCUCCCCCGCUUCCUCAUAUCGUGUCGCCCCCUCAACCCCAGGCUCAACCCCAAGCGGUACGACCUCCGCGAGGCUCAUCGUUGAGUCCACGGUUAGAGAACCCGCCGCCGGUUAGACCAGCUAACAGUCUCCAACCGCCGCAACAUGCCACGCCUCGUCCUGCAAUUCGGCCAGUGAGUGAGGCGCCUUCAAUCUCGCAAUUCAUUCCAGAUCCUGAGCCGGAGCCGGAGUAUCAACAAUCGGAGCGUCCAACAUCUAUCAGCAAUACAUCUUCAGCGCCAUCCUCCAAUGGCACCUUUGACGGCAAUGGGAAACAAACACCGGAGAGCCGCAACAGUUACAUUCCACCUCUACCAGAACCAACUGUCAUUCCUCCGUUGACCCGAACCCAUUACGACUGCUAUCAGUCGCAUCGCCUUAUGCUCAUCUCGAAUAAUGUCUGGUAUGCAACCGCGUGCAUGACGUGCAGAAAACUCGAUCAGGAGAUUCGCCACCGAUGCUCUUUCUGCUGCGUGCGCAUCUGCGCGUCGUGUUUUGAGUCGCUUCAGAAGUGCAAGAACCGUUCUUUGAAAGAGCUGAUUGCGACUCUUCCUGAGCAUUGA